AUGCUCGCAUUUCAGGCUCAAUUCACUGCUCUUCGUGAAAAAGUCGAAGCUCUCUCUACAAGGCAAGAUACUUUCAAGUCUCGUGUGGAUUCGCAUCAGUCGACUUUAAUCUUGGUUGCUACAGCAUCUAGACGACUUCUUUCUUCGACGAGAAACUUCACACUCGAGCUGAAAAAUCUGCAAGAAUGGAAACAAAACAAAACCAUGAAAGAUGUGCGGUUGCGAAGGUUUAUGGGAAGACUGCAAAAGAGUAUCAAAGCUCUUGCCGAUAUGCUAGCAAUGGAUGGAUGCGAAUCGAAACCAUGCCAAUACGGUGGCACUUGUUUGCCUCGAUUUGGCAAAAAAUACAAUUGCCUAUGCCCACAUUAUCGUACGGGUGACAACUGUGAAAUCGAUGUUGAUGAAUGUGCAAUGUAUUCGGGAACACAUGCUGGAUGUCAGCAUAAUGGUACUUGUGUAAAUCAUGACACUGGCUUUCGGUGAGA